AUGUCCAAAGUCCUCUGCAAUUGUGGGUGUGGUCAGAUGGUGGCAGGGUCAACUCAGCAUCUGCACAUGAAGCACAACAAGGAAGAAGAACUACAGAAGAUUGUCAGCCAGCAAGAAGAGCACUUAAAACAAGAGGAAUGCCAACAGCAUGUCCAAAGCUUUCUCAUGUGUUUCCACAAGAAGAAAAAGCCCUCCCUGGACCUCCAGAUGGAGGUUGAGGUAGAGGAGACAGGACCCAAAUUGGAAGAGGUCAAAAUCGAGGUCCCCCAGGUGUUAGAAGAUGGUCCGCCAUUGCUGGAGCCCCAGGAUGUUGACUGGGAGAUGGCAGAGGUGGGGGAGGGAGAGGAUGUGGUUGUGGAGGAGGGGGAGGAGGGGGAGAAGGGCAAGGAUGUGGAGGAUGUGGUCAUGGAGGAUGAGGAGGAUGAGGAUGAGGAUGAGGAGGAAGAGCUGGAGCUGGAGAACUUCAGCAAUAAGUUCAGGCUCAAAUGGCAAAUGAUACCUGGUGAGUAUUGA